AUGACACUGGAGGCACCAAUCACGUACGAUUGUAAGGCUACUCGGAACUUUAUUGUCAACUAUUAUUAUUCAUUGGUGGCGUCUUUUCUCGACGAAUCAAGGGUAGACAUCCGUAGUCUCGUUCGUAUCUGCCUGUUCCAAUGCCGAGACAAACAGGAAGCUCUGUCUGGUUCCGGCGAGGAAGGCCAUGAUUACAGCCUCACUGAGUAUGAGGGCUCCCAAGUUGAUCACCACGACGACAUUUUCGCUGUUGAGAGAUCAAGCAGAGACUGCGAGCUUUACAAUGUCAUAUUCCAAGCUUUCACGAGAACCACUUGUCAAGAUUUAGAGGUUGCGAGAGGGUUGCAAGUUGUCUUCCGUGCGUAUGGGGGUAGAAUUGAAGUAUGUUAUGAUACGAAAGCCGAGGAACGAUUGAUUAAACUAUGCGGUCUUGAUGCAUACAUGGAUGCGCGCGAUGGUGGUGGAAGAAGUUUUCCACAAGUUGUUGGAAUCAAAGAGGAUGGCUCACCACUAAUUUUAAAGAAGAUGGAAGAAGAUCCAAGCUCCAAAAGAUCACUUGAAAUUGCUUCACGCUGGUUGAAGAAUUGUGUAGAGGGACAUCGUUCGUGCAGACCUCCCCCUGAGAUGCAUAGACCGCCCAAGUGGCUGAUGCGAGUCGACAGCGAGACUCGGAAUCUCUUUCUGAUAGAAACAUCUCCUGAAGACCAACACUUGGAAUGGCUCGCACUGAGCUACUGCUGGGGGGGAGAUCAUUCAAGAAAACUUACCAAGUACACUAUGGUUGAGUUCAAGAACGGGAUAGCUUGGGACGAUUUCGAUCCUACGAUUCGAGACGCGGGAGGGUCAACAGUGACUCUUGUCGUUGCCAGUUCCAAUUCUGUGAAAAACGGAUUCCUUCAGAGACGCGACCUCAACUACAUUCAUGUUCCAUACUCUAGCAGUCUAAUGGAAGAUGAGAGACAAAAAUUGUUCUUGUCACCCGAAUGGGACGAUAAAGAACGCGAAUAUGAUGGACCUUGGAGUCAGCGGGGAUGGACAAUGCAAGAAUGUUUACUCCCGAAUCGCUUACUACACUACACUACCUCUCAAAUGAUUUGGAAGUGCUGUGAGGAGCAGAUAUUCGAGAGGGGUGUAACAGAAAGUGUCGAGGAUAAAAUAUCUGAAGCAACGGGUGAAGAUGACGACAUAUCAUUUGAGUCUUCAUUUCUCUGGCAAUUACCACCAUUCAUACGAUUCAAAAAGUUAAGAGCUCACUUAACCACCAGUUUGGAUUAUCCAUUAUGGUCGCACUCGGAUACAUUUCGUUUGUGGUAUGACCUAAUCGAAGAUUAUACACAAAGGAGAUUUACAAAUAUCGACGAUCGUCUCGUAGCCAUCACAGGUCUGGCCAAUAUAUAUUGCGAGACGAUUCGAAGACCUACGUACGUAGCUGGGGUGUGGAAAGAGGACCUCCUCCGAGGACUUUUGUGGCAUGUUGAAGGUGCAACGCUAGUCCCCGCAACAAUUCUCGACGCUUUUCCAUCCUGGAGCUGGGCCAGUGUUGGAUAUGAGGUUGUUAAAAAUGACUUGAAGACUAAGAAUAGUCUCUGUGCUCUGUCAAAAAUCGAGGAAGCAACAAGUGACAGAAUCACGAUAACCGGCCCUCUGAGGAGAUUACCAAGGCUGUAUAACGAUGAAUGGAAAUCAGCAGACGCAUCGGUGUCAAAACUUGAGCGCCAUAUUUCUGAAAUCAUCGAGAGGGAAAGUGGAGGAAAUGUUGCAUCCAAGUACUGUUCUCCGCCUGGAGGUCAUUUUAGUGUCUUAAAGAUGCUCGACAAAAACCCGUUGCAUCUACUUGUCUUGGAAGCUAUGGAGAAGACACCGGAGGCGGAGGGUAUUAAUAAAUAUCAUCGAGCUGGAGUACUCAAACUCGAUUGCACUGAUCUUUCAUGUAUAGCAUCGCCUGAGUUUAUUGCCCAAAUCGAGGAGAUAGAAGCAACUUCAUUUACUAAGAAGCUCGGCCUGGAUAAGAAGACACGCACGACACCAUUCACUUCCAAUGCGCUAUAUAUGGAAAUAAUGGAGCAGAAAUGGGCUGAGGAAACAGUGGUGAUAGUCUGA